CCGUGACAGGCCUGUGGAACAUACAUGCAUAUAUGAUGUUGAUGUCCUCGCCUCCAUUUACACCAAUUAGGCCAAAUGUUAUGUUAGUUACCCCUUUGCUGCACAAACGUCGCUGACCCUGAAGCUGCUGUGGUAUCGGGAACCAAGAUGUUAGCAACAGAUUCUUUAAGACCCGACAUUUGUGAGGACUUGUUUGGAUGGUGAGAUGUGGAGAUUCAGCGCCUGGAACCAGUCCUGGACCUCGUGUUGUAUUAACCUGUUUCCAUGACAGGGUGUACAUGAUCUGCAACAGUGUGCAUUAAUAAGUUUACAGUAAUCAUUGUCACCCAUCUACAUAUUGUGUACAUGUAGUGAGUUCGCUCAGUUAACGCUGUUUUGUGCCUAUGCGCGGUCCUUAGUGUUUCUCCCUGCGCUGGGCUGGACUACAGCGGCUGACACGAGAAUCAGGAAGUCGGGUCAGCUGCGUAGUUUCUUCGAGAAAAGGUCGAAGCAGGAAGCAGCUCGGUGUGCAGACUUUCUACAGCCUCGGAGGGAUCACACCGCCCGCUCUGUUUGCGUCCUCAGGCCGGAAAUGGCCUUAACAAAAUGAAUUUCGUAGGAAGGAUGUCGCGCGCACACACGAGCGAAGCAGCGACGCUGCUCGGCUCGUCCUCGCUGUAACCGCGCGACUAUGGCGCUCGUGCAGCCUCCCGACAGCGCGGGCUCCUCGUCGGUCUCCAGCACACCUCGUAUUUCCGCCGGACGCUGCAGCAGGUAGCCAGAGAGGCUGUGAGCAGCAUGCGGUCAGACGUGGAGUACAGCCCGGUGGGAGAGGGCCUGGGUAUGCGGGACUUCUGGCUGUACGUGUGGCUGCGGAGAGCGGCGGUGAUAGCGACUCAUGUCACCGGCCUGGGCCUGACGCUCGUCCUCUCGCUGCUGUCCAGACCCGGAACCAGUCUGUUCUCCUGGCACCCCAUGUGUAUGUCUGUCGCUUACUGCCUGUGCAUGACCGAAGGCAUCCUGCUGUUCUCAGCAGAGGGAUCUCCCUUCUGCUUCAAAUCCUGGAGGAGUAAAGUGCGUCUCCACUGGAUCUGUCAGGCUCUGGUGCUGAUCGCUGCAGCCACUGGGCUCUGGUUCAUUGUGGCCAGCAGGAAUGUGUCGGAGCUGCCACACCUGGCGUCCUGGCACAGCCUGCUGGGGGUGUGCACGCUGACCGCCACCGUGCUCCAAGCGGCCUGCGGCAUCGCUGUGAUUUUCCCCAAGCCGCUGCGUCUCUCCUGCCCCUCGUCCAGACUGAAGCUGUACCACGCCACCUGCGGCCUGGUCGUCUACCUGUUUUCCACAGUGACGGUGAUGUCCGCCAUGUUCACUGACUGGUUCCAGGCCACGGCGAAGGGGGUGGCGUGGUGGGCCUUCCUCAUCCUGCCUCUAUUCCCUGCCUUGGUGGUGAUGAGGCAGAUCACUAAUGCCUAUCUACCCCGCAAGAAGCUGACCAGCUAGGAACCAGCAGCAGAGACAUCCAAAAGGAGCAAUGAAGAAAUAAAGAGUCUUCUUUAACUGGAGUUUAUCACUGAGUGAAUGUCUUUACCACUGUUAGCACGCAAGCUAGCAGCUGUGCUGAGCUAUAUUUGUAUUAAACUACGGGACAACUGAAAUAAGGGAUUUUAGGGCGUAGCUUCUUUUUCCUUUUCUUCAUACCUCGAGUGCUACAAGUAGCUGCCAUCUAGUGGCCUGUAGAAGAACUGCAGUGUGAAACAUUAUAGGGUUGGUGUUAGUCUGUAAGUAUGGCUGCAGACUACUGUUGGAGUCCCACAGGUGGAGCUGGUGGACACACCUGAACUGGUUUUGUGUGUCUGCGGCUGUGGAGUGUAUGCUCGGUGAGACUGUGCAGCCUGGUGAACAUUUACUGUUGACUGUGAGAACAAACACCAGCCUGAAAAUUCUGAUAUUUAUUGUUUCAUAUUUUUUGCCUUCUGACUUCUAAUAGGUGCUACAUUGUGACACUAAAGGUCUACCAGAACGUUUUCAAAUUGUGACCCUGUGGACGUCUCCACAGAUUCACAAGGCUGAUUGAUGCACAUUUACAGCUGGUAUCAACCAGCUAAGAAAACCCGACACUGUCCUGCUCUGCUCCAGGCUGGAUCAUGGAAGUGGCUGAUGGUGUGUCCUACAUCAUCAGCUGUUCUAACUUCAACCAUCAUCAAACCCUGUUGGUGGAUCCAGACUGUCGGCUGAGUUCACAGAAUGGUUGAUCUUCAGCUUUCUAGAAAAUCAGAUAUUUCAAGACGCAAUAAUCCAGAUGAUGAAUGUAAACUAUUCAAACAUGUUAACUGGAUAUACAGUUCAACUUUAUACCAAAUCACAGAUUUAUAUUUUAAAGUAAAGACCCACAGUAAUACAGAGAAAACCCAACAAUCAUGUGACCCCCAUGAUCUCACAACAACAUCCUGAAACAGUUAUUCAUCACUUGAUUGCUUCAGUACAACACUUGGGCACAUGUAUGCAGACGUUUCGUGGCUGUUUUGAUCUCGCUCUCUCUUCACCGAUCAGAUCUGUCUGUGGUAGCAGCUUUAAACCCAGGCUGAUAGAGGGGCCAGUCUGGAUCACAUUCCUGCAUUUUGUAGGCUGGUUUUCCUACAAAACACAACAAACAUUGGCCCACAAAGCCACAGUGAACAAAGCAGCAACGAAUUCGAUUCAAAUUAAGACUUAUUUGUAACCGACAUCAACAAUUAUGAAAAAUGACGUAAUAACUACAACAGAAGACUGACCUUUGUGGGAAUGCUUGGAGCAGACUAACCUGUGAGUUCUGGGACGUUAUAUUUGGUCUUUGAAUGGCUGCAAUCCAGGCCAUCCGUCGCCUCUUUGUUACUACGGAAACAUGACUUAAACAAUUUCUCUUCAACGACGUAAUCCGAUAACGAUCUCUUUACCGUCGGCUUUCCGUGGCUGUCAUGCAGCUACUGCAGUUAAUAACACAACAGCUUCUUGACAUUUUGUGUUUCUUUUUAUCUCUGUGUGACUGUUUCCAUGUGAAAGCUUGCGUGCUGUAGUACCGCUCGCCACUCGUACCUACAAUCCUUUGCGGUUUUACCCCGGAAAUGACAUCACAUGUUCAGUGUCUAUAUGCAAGUGCUUCGGUGACAGUGGGAAGGAAAAACUCCCUUUAACAGGAAGAAACAAUGCAGACAAGGCUGAGGGAGGGGCGGGGCCGUUAGGGUGAGGGGAGGAAGACGAGAUGUCAGCUGCUGGCUUCUGCAAAUAUAAAGUCAUUUCUUUUGAACAUGAAACGCUCAUUGGAGUGAUCGAGACAGCAGGCAGGUCUUUCUCACUGUAUCUGAUACACAAUCUGUCAAAUACACACUCGUCUUCUGUUUGUGAAAGUCCAGUUUCAGUGGAGGACAAACCAAAGAGCACAUCGGCACAGUCUAUCCUAAAACGGGUUUUAUUUAUUUCGAGCUCAGAGAGCGGGUGAGAAGCUGGAGUCGUUGGAUAACGAGCUGGGCGUGGAUUUGUCUCAGGGUUGCUGUUCAUGAUCCACAGUGGAUGUUUGUAUUUAUCUGAUCCUUGUUCUUUCCUUCUGUGAACCUGUAAUAAAUAAGGGAACAUCUGUA